UUCAAAGUUUCACCCUUUCCUUUCCACUUUCAAAACUCUCUCUCUCUCUCUCCCAUUCUAGUAACUGCGCAGUCAUUUUCUCUCUCUGCGGAAAACCCAAAGAGGAAAACACCUCCAUUGGUUUUGCCUGUGACUGAGAGUGAUUACCCACAACAACAUUCCAAAUGUGCCGUCCGUGGUCGGCUUCUACCGUUAUUCUUUGUCCCUUUCUAUAUCUCCCUUUUUCUUUUCUUUGGAGCUGCACUCAUAGAAGCUGAAGAACACCUGUUAUGGGCUGUGUUCAGGCCAAGCAAUUGGAUUCGGAAGGUCCAGACUACCGGGGCCUAGAGAGGUUGAAGUUGGAUAAUGGGUAUGUCGCAAGCUCUGACUUUGUUGCUCACAGGAGAUCCACUGGUCAAAGACAUGACCCCAAUAAGGACCACCAUCACAGGCUGCAUCAGCAUCAGAGAGAACAGCCCAUAAAGAAUAAAGUUGAGUCCGGUGUUGCCAAGGAUGGUUCUGGGCAUCAUAAGGGCAAGGUGGUUGGAAGGGAGGGGAGGCGAUUCACGCGUCUUGAUGAUAAGAAAGUGACAAACAAGUGUUGCUUUGAGGAUGAGAUGGUAGAUGGGUGGCCAAGGUGGUUGGUUGAUAAUGUCCCUGCACAAGUGUUGGCUGGCUUGGUUCCCAGGAGUGCUGAAUCCUACAAAAUGAUUGAUAAGGUUGGACAAGGAACCUACAGCAAUGUUUAUAAAGCUCUGGAUAGAGACACAGGAGAAAUUGUGGCCCUGAAGAAGGUUCGCUUCAAUACAUCAGAGCCCGAAAGCAUAAAGUUUAUGGCAAGAGAAAUUACCAUAUUACAGAGACUGGAUCAUCCCAAUGUAGUCAAACUUAAAGGAUUAGCCACUUCAAGAAUGCAGUACAGUAUAUAUCUAGUUUUUGAGUUCAUGCAAACAGAUUUGGCACGAGUCAUUGCUCGUCCUGAAGAGAAACUAUCAGAACCACAGGUCAAGUGCUAUAUGCAUCAAUUACUAUCAGGUCUGCAGCAUUGCCAUGAUAGGGGAAUUCUUCACCGAGAUAUAAAGGGGUCAAACCUUUUGAUUGAUAAAAAUGGGAUGCUUCAGAUUGCAGAUUUUGGACUUGCCAAUUUUUAUGGUCCAGAUUAUCAUCAGCCUCUCACUAGCCGGGUUGUGACACUAUGGUACAGAGCUCCUGAAUUGUUGUUAGGUGACACAAACUAUGGAGUUGGUGUUGAUCUGUGGAGUGCUGGAUGUCUCCUGGCAGAAAUGUUCAAAGGAUUCCCAAUCAUGCCUGGCAGAAAUGAGGUUGAGCAAAUUCAUAAAAUUUUCAGGCUAUGUGGCACACCAUCAGAGGAGUAUUGGAGAAAAUUGAAACUUUCUACUACUUUUAGACCUCCAAAGUCUUAUAGACCCAGCCUUAUAGAAACUUUCGGUGAUCUCCCUUCUUCUUCUUUAGGUCUUUUAUGCACCCUGCUUGCUCUGGAUCCUGCAUUCCGUGGAAGUGCAUCCAAAGCUCUUAAAAAUCAGUUUUUCUUUACAAGCCCAUUGGCGUGUGACCUCUCUGGUCUGCCUGUUCUCUUCAAAGAGGAUGAUGAGCAUGUUCAAGCCAACGAACAGAUCAAGUACAUGAACUCUAAAAUCAGACGUUCUCGUACAUAUCUGGAGCGUCGUAAGAAUUCAGCAUCUAAGAGGCCAACAGAGCAUACUGUAUCUUCUAAAGAGGUAUUAAUGAAAAUUUGAGAUUCCCCACUCUCAUGCUUGAUGGAGUUAGAUUCAAAUUUU